AAGAGAGGACUCCAUGAAUUUUUUGGAAAUUAUUUGUUUUGGAUUGAAAUAAUACUUUUCUGCUGUUUCAGCUUAAUUAAUGUGACUUUUUAAUAUAAAUUAUAUGCUUUUAAAUGCAAAUUAAGUGUUCGAUAAAAUCAAUAGUCGUGUAUACGUAGAUAAAGUAGUUAAAUUAACGAAAAUAAAACGGGAUAAAAAAGUUUUAGUGAAUUAAUUUUUUCUAGUGAAUUUUGUACAUUAUAAUUUAAUUAAUUCCGGAAUAUUAUAUCAUAAGUCGACAGAAGUCCACAAAUUCAAUGUAAAAGCGUAGUUAAUUAAGAGUGAAAAUUGAUGAAAAAUAUUGUUCAAAUAUCAAAUUUGAUACAAAAUAAGUGAAAAUUAUAGCAUCACGAGUGAUGAAUGUCAUGAACCUCAAGUAGAAUACUAGUAGCUGUUGACAUAAUAAAUUUUAUAGGAACAAUUAUGCAUACAAUCAUUAGCUAUGCAGUUCUAAUAUUCCUCGGCAUCAAAACUUCAUAUUGCGAUGUUCUCGUUUAUGAGAAUCCAACAAAUCGGCUAGUUGAAGAGUUUCAAUCUCUUGCUGCCCGUUUUGGACCAAAUUUUCCACCCAAUGGAAUGAGAGUUUAUGCAGUACAAGGAGAACCGCCUGAUGGAUGUGCCCCAAUGGAUGAAGCUCCAAAAAAUUACACAGUUCACGGAACACCGAUGCGUUUUGCAGCUGUAAUAUCUAGAGGAGAUUGUUCAUUUGCUGAUAAAGUUCGUCAUGCCCAAAAUGCCAGUUUUGAUGCUGUUAUCGUAUAUAAUAAAGACAGUGAUGCUCUUGAAAUCAUGUCAGCAAGUGAUGAUUCAGAUAUUUUUAUACCUUCCUUAUUCGUCGGUCAGACAUCAGGAAGCAUCAUUAUGUUUGACUACAACUAUUCAAGAAAAUUCUUUCUCAUAUUGAAUGAUGAUUUUCCAUUUAAUAUCAACACGCAUCUGAUUAUACCAUUUUGCAUUGUUAUUGGAAUGUGUUUUGUUAUUAUGUUGGGUUUCAUGAUUUCAAGAUGUGUACGAGAAAGACGUCGCAUUAUGCGGUAUCGCCUACCAACAAGUUCUUUAAAGAAGCUAGAGUCCCGUAAAUAUACGAAAAAUGAAAUUUAUGAAACAUGUGCAAUAUGUUUAGACGAUUAUGAGGAAGGUGAUAGACUAAGAAUUCUUCCAUGUCGUCAUGCUUACCAUACAAAAUGUAUUGAUGUAUGGUUAACCAAAAAUCGUCGGGUUUGUCCAAUUUGUAAGAGAAAAGUCUACGCAAUUGGUGAAAGACGUAGACAAAGGAGAAGACGAUCUGCUGACUCCACGACUGAUUCAAUGUCUUCUUUUGAUCCAGACGAUACAACUCCUCUAAUUAAUCCGCAAGAUAAUAAUCCCAAUCAUGGAACCUUUAAUGAGAAUAAUCAGGAACAACCACAAGAAGAAAGUGAAGCUUUAGAAGCUGGUCUGCAACAGAAUCAAACUGAGGCAUCAGAUGAUGAAAUACUCGAUGGCCGUCCUCUUCCAAAUCAGAGAUUUAAUCCAUUCAAUCGAGUUGAAAAUAACUUGCCGCCUGUUGCUGAUGAAUUGGGAGUUGCGAUUGAAGGACCUAACGAUAGUAUAUGGACCAAGUUUAAGAGAUUUUUUAAAAUUAGCCAUCAAACAGCAGAUGACGAUGAUCCGCCAUUACUCGAUAACACAGCGACAGACGACGUAGAUAUAAUAAUAAGACCUGAUAGUAGCCACACGAUAAACAUUGCACGACCGAUAUCUGGAAAUAAUAUUCUCAAUUCAAAUUUAAGUGGAUCAUUUCGUGAAGAGAAUGAGACAUUAAAUAAUAAUCAUACAAAUAUUAAUAACUCUAGUGAUAAUAGUUUAUCAAAUGGACAAAUUGGGGAUGCUCCAAAUAUUUUGCAAAGUCAUGAGCCAAGUACAAGCAGCGGAUCACCGAGAAGAAUUGGCGUUGCUGCAAUACCAAACCUUCAAUUUCUCUCAAGACCAUCGCAAAAUCGGAAUCGAUUGAUUUAAAGAGUAUGAAUAAAUUGAUAGAACGAUAGUGAGAAAUUCUAAUUCUUCUUCUUAUUAAGAAUGUGAUUAAUUGAAGUUUUUUUUACAAAUACAUAUAUUUUAAUAUUAAUUUAUGUACAGUUAUUUUCGUCAUUCGUGAAUGGUGCAGCUAUCUCCUGUCAUCAUCCGAGAAUAAAUAUUAAAUAUUUAAAAGAAAUUGUUUCUUGCAAAGUAGAAUAAUGCAAAAAAAUGUAGUCAUUUGAAUGAAUUUAAAGUCUCCAUAAAGAAAACGUAGUGACUAGAACAGUGUGAAUUAGAGGAUUUGAUAUAUUUUUGUUAUUGAUUCUUAAAACUUUAAUCAAAUAUUGAUGUUUUUGAUUAUUUUCUAAUCUCAUGAGACAGAAAGGCUUUUUUAAUCCUAAGAUUAAACUUUAAACCUUGGAUUAAAUAUUAAUCUUGACGAAUCAUUAAAAAUGUAUUCCAAGGAUUAAUAAAAGCAAAUAUUAAGUUUAAGCCCUUAAGUCUGUUGAUAUUGUGAUUACAUGAGUUGCCUUAAUAAUUUUUUGGUUGGUGUUCUGAAUGUGCUGAAUUCUAAUUGAUAUUUUUUAUAAAAAGUACUAAUUAUUAUUAAUUAUGAAAUUGUUAAAUCCUCUAGUCCACUUAGUUCUGG